UGAUGACGUAAACGUCAAUGUUAACAAACGUGAACAGUGUUAUGGUUUUCGGAGAGCGGGGCUGUUUAUAGUUUGUUUGAUUUUAUUGUGUUUCAAAGUGAAAGAAAAUGGGGAAAGCGGAAUUUCUAUCGCCAAAAGCCAUCGGCAACAGGAUAAAAUCUAAAGGGCUACAGAAACUGAGAUGGUAUUGUCAGAUGUGUCAGAAACAGUGUAGAGAUGAGAAUGGAUUCAAGUGCCACUGCAUGUCCGAAUCUCACCAGAGACAACUAUUGCUUGCUUCAGAGAAUCCUGACCAGUUUAUGGACUACUUUUCAGAGGAGUUCAAGAAUGAAUUUUUAGAGCUGGUUAGAAGAAGAUUUGGAACAAAGAGGGUACACAACAAUAUUGUGUAUAAUGAGUACAUCAGUGACAGAGAACAUGUCCAUAUGAAUUCCACACAGUGGGAAACACUGACGGAUUUCACGAAAUGGUUGGGCAAAGAAGGUUACUGUAAAGUGGAUGAAACACCCAAGGGUUGGUACAUGCAGUAUAUAGACAGGGACCCCGAAACUAUUGCAAGGCAGCAAGAACUUGAGAAAAAGAAAAAACAGGACUUGGAUGACGAAGAGAGGAGUGCAAAAUUCAUUGAGGAGCAAGUUCGGAGAGGAAAGGAAGGAAAGGAAGGAAAAGAAGGGGAAACAUCGUUUUUCACAGAAUUAAAAAGAGAAAACGAAGAAGAAAAAGUUGCAUUCAGUUUAAACAAGGGACCAAGUACAUCUGCUGCAACUUCUUCAAAGUCAGGUACUUCUUUUGGUCCCAGUGCACUGCAGGCUGCAACUGCAUCAGUGAAACGAAAGGAAGCGAGCCACAGUUCUGAGUCUAAGGAGAAAAAGAAGAAAUCUGCCCUGGAUGAAAUCAUAGAAAUGGAAGAACAAAAAAGGAAAACAUCCAGAACAGACUAUUGGCUGCACCCUAAUAUUGUUGUGAAAGUAUUAACCAAGAGGCUGGGUGAUAACUAUUACAAGAAGAAAGGAGUAAUAAAGGAUGUCCAGGAGAAGUACACAGCGAUUAUAAAGAUGGUGGAUUCUGGAGACAAACUGAAAAUUGAUCAGGCUCAUCUGGAGACGGUCAUUCCAGCACCGGGAAAACGAGUACUGGUGUUAAAUGGUGGUUACGGGGGAAGUGAAGCCAUCCUUGAUUCUAUAGAUGAAAAGAAGUUUACUGCCUUAAUAACUCUUGAUUCUGGGCGCUUAAAAGGACGGAAAGUUGAUGUCCCAUAUGAAGAUAUUUCCAAGCUGGCUUGAAUAAUAAGUUUCACAUAUUUUCUGAAAGACCUAGACACUAUGUUGCUAUCUUAGCUUUUCAGGACAAUAAACUCUACUAUGUCAGGGUUAUCAUUAUUUGCACUGAAUAAUGCUUAAAAUUGAACUCUUGAAAGUUUUAAUAUUCCUAUUAACACUGUGUAAAAUCUUCCUGUGUUAAAUGUUGCGGUACAGUUCUGUAUUGAUUGUGUCAUGAAAAAGAAUAGUGUUUUAAUUACAUAGUUCAUAUUAGUUUUUUUUUUUUUCCCCAAAUACAUAAUAAAAUGUUUUCUCUCA